GGAGUCAGGAGGAGCGGCGGGGGCGGGCGCCGGGGGCGGGCAGAGGCGCGGGAAAGCUGGCUGCCGGCCCUUUAUAGCGCGCGGGGCACCGGCUCGCCAAGACUCCGGGCUCCCGGCACCCCCUCGCACUCCCUCUGGCCGGCCCAGGGCGCCUGCAGCCCAACCUCCCCAGCCUCCGGGACGCCACGGAACCCGCUCGAUAUCGCGGUCAACUCGUAGACAUGGAGACCCCUGCCUGGCCCCGGGUCCCGCGCCCCGAGACCGCAGUCGCUCGGACGCUCCUGCUCGGCUGGGUCUUCGCCCAGGUGGCCGGCGCUUCAGGCACUACAAAUACUGUGGCAGCAUAUAAUUUAACUUGGAAAUCAACUAAUUUCAAGACAAUUUUGGAGUGGGAACCCAAACCCAUCAAUCAAGUCUACACUGUUCAAAUAAGUACUAAGUCAGGGGAUUGGAAAAGCAAAUGCUUUUACACAGCAGACACAGAGUGUGACCUCACUGACGAGAUUGUGAAGGAUGUGAAGCAGACGUACUUGGCACGGGUCUUCUCCUACCCGGCAGGGCAUGUGGAGAGCACAGGUUCUACGGAGGAGCCUCCAUAUGAGAACUCCCCAGAGUUCACACCUUACCUGGAGACAAACCUCGGACAGCCAACAAUUCAGAGUUUUGAACAAGUGGGAACAAAAGUGAAUGUGACAGUACAAGAUGAAUGGACUUUAGUUAGAAGGAACGACACUUUCCUAAGCCUCCGGGAUGUUUUUGGCAAGGACUUAAUUUAUACACUCUAUUAUUGGAAAUCUUCAAGUUCGGGAAAGAAAACAGCCAAAACAAACACUAAUGAGUUUUUGAUUGAUGUGGAUAAAGGAGAAAACUACUGUUUCAGUGUUCAAGCAGUGAUUCCCUCCCGAAGAACAGCUAACCGGAAGAGUACAGACAGCCCCGUCGAGUGUAUGGGCCAUGAGAAAGGGGAAUCCAGAGAAAUAUUCUAUAUCAUUGGAGCUGUGGUAUUUGUGGUCAUCAUCCUUGUCAUCAUCCUGGCUAUAUCUCUACACAAGUGUAAAAAGGCAAGAGUGGGGCGGAGCUGGAAGGAGAACUCCCCACUGAAUGUUGCAUAAAGGAAGCACCGUUGGAGCUACUGCAAAUGCUGUAUUGCACUGUGACCGAGAACUUUUAAGAGAAUAGAAUACAUGGAAACACAAAUGAGUAUUUCGGAGCAUGAAGACCCUGGAGUUCAAAAAAAGCUCUUGAUAUGACCUAUUACUACCAUUAGCAUUCUGGUUUUGACAUCAGCAUUAGUCACUUUGAAAUGUAACGAAUGGUACUACAACCAAUUCCAAGUUUUAAUUUUAACACUAUGGCACCUUUUGCACAUAACAUGCUUUAGAUUAUAUAUUCCGCACUCAAGGAGUAACCAGGUCAUCCAAGCAAAAACAAAUGAGAAAAUGCCUUAAAAAAUCCUGGGUGGACUUUUGAAAAGCUUUUUUUUUUUUUUUGCUUUUUUUUUUUUUUUUUUUUUUGAGAUAGAGUCUCGCUCUGUUGCCCAGGCUGGAGUGCAGUGGCAUGAUCUUGACUCACUGCACCCUCCAUCUCUUGGGUUCAAGCAAUUCUCUGCCUCAGUCUCCCGAGUAACUGGGAUUACAGGCACCCGCCACCACGCCCGGCUAAUUUUUGUAUUUUUAGUAGAGAUGGGGUUUCACCAUCUUGACCAGGCUGGUCUUGAAUUCCUGACCUCAGGUGAUCCACCCACCUCGGCCUCCCAAAGUGCUAGGAUUACAGGCGUGAACCACUGUGCCCAGCCAAAAAGCUUUUGAGAGGCUGACUUCAAUCCAUGUAGGAAAGUAAAAUGGAAAUUGGGUGAAUUUCUAGGACUUUUCUAACAUAUGUCUGUAAUAUAGUGUUUAGGUUCUUUUUUUUUUUUCAGGAAUACAUUUGGAAAUUCAAAACAAUUGGCAGACUUUGUAUGAAUGUGUUAAGUGCGGGAGACGUCGGUAUUCUGGGCACCUUCCUAUAUGCUUUACAGUCUGCACUUUAACUGACUGAAGUGGCGUUAAACAUUUGAGAGCUAACUCUAUUUUUAUAAGACUACUAUACAAACUACAGAGUUUAUGAUUUAAGGUACUCAAAGCUUCUAUGGUUGACAUUGUAUGUAUAAUUUUUUAAAGGGUUUUCUAUAUGGGGAUUUUCUAUUUAUAUAGGUAAUAUUGUUCUAUUUGUAUAUAUUGAGAUAAUUUAUUUAAUAUACUUUUAUAUAAAUAAAGGUGACUGGGAAUUGUUACUUA